UUAGGACAUAGUGAGGUCAAGUGACCUGGAACAUUGUCUAUUUUCGAUGACGUUUAUACUGCUUUUUAACGACAGAAGUUCUGCAAAAUGCUCUCAUACACACAGUAAUGGCAAUGAUGUAACUGAACACGGCCGUUUUGUUCUGGUCUAUGGAAGUGGAAUGGCAUGAAUAAAGAUUCAAAUGUAAAAUUGCAGAGCUUUUGCACCUGACGAAGAAAAUGUCGCUGUUUUAUAUUUUCUUUCCCUUAAACGCAAUUUUAGCGAACCUCUGCGUAGGUGGCUAUAAUCUCCGAUUACCCUGCAAAAGAUCGAUGAAUUUUACCACUGCUUUUCACAAUAUUUCCAUGAUUGGGACUGUGAUACAGAGCAAGCAGUUCUUGGAACUAAGCGAAUGCAAAGCAGAGUGUCUGGCAAACGACGAGUGCUUCUCUAUAAAUUACCAGAUGAAUGAUGAUAACACUUGUGAACUGAACAACAUGGCACUUGAUUCAGUGACUUAUUUUCUUCAGCAUUUCAUAAGUAGACAAGGAUGGAGUUUCAUGACAAGUGAAACUAAAACUCGAAUGCGUGGUUCAAGCUGCAAAGAGCUUAAUCCAUGUCGACACGAUGAAAGGUGUACAGAUACUUGCUCAUGUCCAGGGUUUCAAUGCAUUCAGACAACAGUCUCGCAAGACUGUGACAGCAUUGGUUCCAAUGGAAAGCCGAUUAGUGGAGUCUACUGGAUAAAGCCAUACUCUUUUGCAUCUGAGAUACUGCAGGUCUUUUGCAGCUUUGACAUUAAUCAUCAAGGAUGGGUAGUGAUUCAAAGACGUGUAAAUAGCAAGACUAGCUUUGACCGAUCUUGGAAAGAUUAUAAAACUGGAUUCGGCGACUUGGAAGGAAAUUACUGGAUUGGUCUUGAUAAUCUGAACUUACUUGCCGGACCUGGGCGAAAUGCUAAUCUAAGAAUUGAGCUAAAGACUUCUGAUAACUCCUCUAAAAUUCUCUUUGCGUUAUACAACAGAUUCAGCGUUCACGAUGAAACAGAAAAUUACAGAUUAACUGUUGGUGAGUACAAUGAAUCAAGCAGUCUGCAAGAUGGGCUUUCAAACGCGUUUGCUUUCAGUUUUCAAGUGCACAAUGACCAAAUGUUCUCAACUAAAGAUAGAGACCAUGACAAAUCUGUCGAGGAAAAUUGUGCCCUGGUUCGCACCGGAGGAUGGUGGUUUAACUCAUGUGGCAUGUCAAACCUUAAUGGUUUAUUAUUCAACAGCUCAAAUAUGCUAGGAUGCAGUUCUACGUACAGCUCAUCCAUACAGCAAUAUGCUAUUUGGAUUGGAAAUACAGAUUGUCAGAAAGGAAUCAUUUCCACUGAGAUGAAAAUUCGAUCUCGAAGAAACUAGAUUUUCAAUGUAAAAGUUAUGUUUUAAGCUAAAACUUGACGAUCCUUUCUUUUUUAUAAUACAAUAAUGAAAAAGGCAUUGCCCGAAUCUGGUAAAGAAAUCUUUGUGGCGUUGCUUGAUCUUCCAGACCAAGACAUAGAUGAAGAAAAAUUUAGGUGCUAUUUCAUCUACGGUUUACAGACAAACCAGGGAUUUUUUGGACCAACUGAAGAUACUAACAAACUAAUGAUAAAUUGGUGUCACACUCCCUAAACCCCCUAUGCCCCUGUAAA